AUGUCCAGCCAUGAGCCCAAGGGCAGACAACUGCAUGAGCUGCCGCCCGAAAUCUUCCAACAGGUCCUCACCGACCUGGAUCCGGCGACCAUCAAGGCCCUCUGCCUGACCACGCGCGCGCUCGCCGAGAAGUGCCUCGGGCCCCGGGACCACCUCAUCCAACCCGUGCUCGUCGUCUCGCCGCAGAAUCUGCGCGCCCUCGGCAAUCAAAGCACUGCGUUCUUCUCGUUCUUCUGCCUUCAGACUCGCUCGCUGAACGUAAGCAACAUUGUCUGCGGCGCGGAGAAUAUCCUCGCCAGUGAGUUCGGGCUGCGAUGGUGGAUCUGAAUGUCUUGUCAUAAACCAAGGACAUUUUCCGUGGUCUGUCGUGGAAGUUGUGGCAGAUCUGAAUACCGCAGUUCAGUGGUGCGGUGGGCGCUCGUUCGGGAUGACUACUUGCAGCCCUGCUCAUCUCCAUGGUUUCGCUGCUGGAGCCUUCAGCCUCGC